AUCGUACCAUCCGUCUCAUCACCCAACGCCUGCUCUUCUUCGGUUUCCGUCACUCUCACUUUUGUCAUCGUCGCGUCUGUCUAGCUUGCCCGUCUCGUCCGCACAAAUACCGCCAAGAUGUCGAAGGUUAUGAGGAGUGUCAAAAAUGUCACCAAGGGCUACUCGAGCGUCCAGGUCAAAGUGCGCGAAGCGACGAGUAACGACCCGUGGGGCCCGACCGGGAGCCAGAUGACCGAGAUCGCGCAAUUAAGCUUCAAUUCGUCCACCGAGUUCUACGACAUUGUUGAUAUGCUCGACAAGCGUCUCAACGACAAGGGUAAGAACUGGCGACACGUCCUCAAAGCCCUCAAAGUUCUAGAUUACUGUCUGCACGAGGGCUCCGAGUUGGUCGUUACCUGGGCGCGAAAGAACAUCUACAUCAUCAAGACCCUGCGGGAAUUUGUUUAUGUCGACGAGGAGGGCCGCGACGUCGGACAAAAUGUCCGGGUGGCCGCGAAGGAGUUGACGGCUCUGCUCUUGGACGAGGAACGAUUGCGCGCCGAACGCGCCGGUCGGGCAGCAUGGAAGUCUCGGGUGACCGGCAUCGAUGAGUAUCCCGAUGGUCCGACCGCCGCGGCGCAGCACGGGCGCCACAGACCCAGGCAAUACAGCGACGACGAGGAAGAUGCCGAAUACAAGCUGGCCUUGGAGGCUAGCAAAUACCAGGAAGAGGAGGACCGGAGGAAGCGCGAGAGCCGUCAAGGGGUGGAGGAGGAGGACGACGACCUAGCCAAAGCUAUCAAGCUCAGCAAGGAGGAGGACGAACGGCGAAAGCGGGAAUUGGAAGAGAGCAAUGCCAAGUCGCUAUUCGAUGACAGCCCGGCGCAACCCAACACGCACCCGACCGGCCUCAACAUGGGUUACCAACAGGGAAGCAAUGUCGACUGGCUCGGCAACCCCAUCGACCAGAGCCAGAUGACGCAGCCGCAACCGACCGGAUACGUUAACAACACAUACACCGGAUAUCCUGCCAAUGGCUACACGAACGGCUACAACAACGGCUUCAACCCUCAGCAGACAGGCAUGUACGACCCCUACGGGCAACAGCCGAACCACCUCCAACCGCAGCUGCAACCGUUCCAGAUGCAGCCUACCGGAUAUAACCCCUACGCCGGCCAGCCCCAAUUCCAGCACCCCCAGCCUACCGCCUCCCCAGAACCGACUCUCCAGCCCGGUAGCAACAAUCCGUGGGCAUCUAAUAAUCAGGCUCAGUCAGCGCUUAGGCCCAUGCCGACUGGCUCGAAUAACCCCUUCGCUACUAAUAACAACAAUAACAACUUCACACGGCCGCAGACAGCCAAGGCCUCAUUAAUUCCCAGCCUUAGCAGCCUACAAAGCCUUCCCGAGCAGAAGUCGCUUCAGGCGUUCUCUCCCCAACCCCAACCCCAACCCCAACUACAGCUCCAACCUUCUUUCAACCCGAACCAGCAGCCCCCCCGACAACUUAGCGAGCACGAGCAGAAGCUUAACGCGCUUCUCGCUAGCGGCGACGGCAUGGACACCUUCGGAAACACGGGCGAGCUACGUAUCCCCGCUCAGCACACGGCGCCGGGUACUUUCGUCAACUCGGCAGGUGCCGGUGCGCACAAACUCACGGCCGAUGCGACGGGCAACAACCCGUUCCUCCGCCAGCAGUUUACCGGAAUGCCGACGGUGUCGUACGGCGCGCCGCAGAUGCCGGCCGCCACCGGGCCCGUCGGUUUUGGCGGGUACGGAGGGGGGAGCAACCCGUUCGCGACGCGGUCACCUCAGCAGCCGAACAACGGUCAGGGGCAAGAUCUCAUCCAGUUCUAGACCAUGUUUGUUUUAUAGUUUUACUUUUCGCUUUCUAUCGUUAAAUUGGGGGACAUUACAAAGAUGGGCAAAAAGGCGGGAGGAGUGGGGGGGUGGAAUUGCGAGGUAAGAGAAU